AUGCACAGCGCAGGGGAGGGUGACAGGAGUGACCCUGUCUCGAAGGAUGACCCCCCACAAGAUAUGAAUAAUUUGGAAGACGGCGUCGGCGAAAUGAACCCUCGCACGAGUGGUACCCCCCUUGAGGAAGAAGAAGAGAAGGGCUAUCUCAAAAGGGAAGCAGAGGAGGACGUGUCCUCGCUGCAUCAGAGCGAGAUGAUGGGUUUGUACUUCCCCGAAAUGGCAGAGGAGGACCCCAAGAGGGGGACAGAAAUUGCAGGUGGUAAUGUGGUUGUUGAUGAUGCCCCUGUUGAUGAUGACCCAGUGGACCGUGCUGCCGAUGGUACCCUCGGUAGGCACGACAAAGAUGAUGAUCGCCGUGGUGGAGGGGACAAGGCUACCCCAGAAGACUGGGCCACCGAAGAGAGCCCUGCCGAACUGCGGGCGAGGGGGCCAUCUCCCUUGCACGUGAGGGAGGAGGCUGACAUAGACAGAAGCUUAAUGGAAGAGAAGCACAGCUCGUGCACGCCUCGUAAUGACACGUGGGAAAAUAGUUACCAGCAAGUGAACCUCGCCCAUUUGGACUUCACCGAGGCGGACAGCAACCCACGUGAGGAGAUGCACGAGGGAAGGUCGGAGAAGUCGCAGAAAUCGGACAAGUCGGAGGACGGAAAAAUGAAACUGAAAGUGCAGAAUCUGCUCAAGCUUAUAGGCCUUCUCAAGGCCCAGAUAAAUCAGAAGGACCACGAGAUAUACCAAAUGGAACUGGACUUCAAGCUGAAGACUCAGCAGUGCGAGAGGAGCAGCGCGCGCCUGAACGAGCUGUUGGUGGAAAACGAGAGCUUCUCGGACAACACAGAGGGGCUAUCCGUGGGAGCAUCAGCCGCGGCAUCUCCUGGAUGCAUUGGAACCGCCGUCGCCGCUGCUGCCGCUUCAAGCGCAGCAGGCCCGCCCGGUGAGGGAGACUUCCUAAUGAGAAAAAUGAAGAACAUCCUUAUUUCGCAAAACGAAGAAAUAGUGACCCUGAACGAAGAAUUGAAAAAAAAAAACAAGGAGCUCUUUUAUCUGAAUGAAGAAAACAUGACCAAGAAUGAGAAGCUAGCAGAGCUGAAAAAAGAGAUCGAGAAGAAUUACAUGCAUCUGAGGGAAUACAAAAGUGUGAAAAACGAAAUGGAGGUGGAUGCAAAUAACAAAGUCCAUCGUGUAGAGAACUGCCUUAACGUGACGAACCAGAAGCUACUUCAAAAUGACAUAUAUUUAAAGGAAAAAAAACUGAAUAUAGAAAAACAAAAGAGAGUGAUAAAAGAAUUGUACAAUCAGCUAAACAAGAAGGAGGAACAGAUUACUGAACUGAGGAGUAUAAUUGAAAGUAUCGAACUGAACAACAACAGAGAUAUCAUAAAGUACAAGCAGAGCAACACCGACCUCAUUAACCGUCUAAUGCUGAAGAAGUCGUGCGAGGUGGAGAAGCUCCAGGACAGGCUACUCGACUACGAGUCCAAGCUACUAAUCUACGAAAAUAAUAACGAGAUUAAAAUUCUGAAGAAAAAUGAGGACCAUUUGAGGAAGCUGCUCAGCAAACAUAUCCACAGGAAUGAGAAGUUACUCAAUACCACUCUCCUCCUGCAGAAGUCUACACUAGAAAAUAACACACUGGAAAAGAAGAUAAUUGAAUUGAAGGCCAAGACGUAUAGGAAGGACCAAGAGAUAAAGAAGCUGCAAGAAAGCAAAUGGAAAAAAAAAAACUCCAUAAAGAACAGCAGCAUUUCGCAGACGGAUGAAGUUAUCGAAUUGAGUGACGAUUUGAAGGAUCUCCAUUCGAGUGGCGGAAGGGGAAGGAGGAGGUCGGCGGGUAGCCUUAUGCACUACAGUGAUGACUACCUCGAUGCGGGGAACCACAUGUUGGAUUAUACCAGCAGGGCGGAAAAAAACAACGCACUCGAUGCUAUGCUACUCGAAGGGGAGAGCCACCUGAUGAUGGGCGUCAAGGAUGACUCAGCCUCGGCGGUGUCACUCCCCCUGGGCACGCCGCUCGCCGCUACCGGCGCUGUUGAGGACGACCCAGUGUACGUGGCCCUCUGCGAAUUCAGCCACAGCUUGAAAGAAACCAACAUCCCAUUUCAGAUAAGAAAAGUAAGAGGCAGUCUGUACCUCCUUAACGACAAAGAAGUGCUCAUAAAAUUCAUAAACGGAGAUUUGUACGUCGAGGAUGGCCCCCACUUGGUUAAGCUGAAUGACUUCCUAUUGAGCAGUGGACUUAGCUAA